CGAUUAGUUAAGUUGGAAUAUAGUUAGAUAGAAUUUUAGUUUGAAUAGAGUUAGAGAAUAUAGUUAGAGAAUGGCAGAAAGUUUACGAUCUCGUAAAGGCAUAAAUUACAAGUCGCUGAAUGAUUAUGGACUGCCAGCAUUAAAUUUGACAGAUCCUGUUAAGAUUUCCACACCUAGGAAAAAGUUGGAACUCACCACAGCAAGAAUUUUAGAUAAGGUAGUGGCCGAGGACUUGGAUUCUGACGAAGAAGGAAGUCGCUCAGACGAAGAACUAGAACAGUUACGUAAGAAGUUGAAGAACACAGAAGAUAGUAUAAGAAAGAAGAAAGAGGAGGAGAAAGCAAUCUUAAAAAAGAAAAUAGAAGAAGGGGAAAAGGUGUUGAAGUCAAUGAAAGAUAACCAUUCUAGUAUGUGGCUUACAAUGAAGUUCUUUAUUCGUUGAGUCAGAAGAUUUUCUAAGAAGUAACAUAUUCUUUGGAUCUUCAGUAGGAGAUUAACAAGAAAGUAUCGUUUUGAUUUCUUGAGUCUCGUCAGGCUUACACAAGUGUAUAUCAGUUUGUGGGUCUGAGUUAUUCUUAUUCUAAGAGUGUUUUGUUUUGUUUUAAGAAUAUAGUUUUCUUUUUUUUAUUAUUUAUUUUUCUUUUUCUUUUUUUUCUUUUUGUCUUUUGCGGGCUUGUUUGGCGGUUUAUUUUUGUAGGGCCCGCAAUUGUGUUUACUCUAUGGCAUGUAUGUGUAUAAAUUAUUUGUUAAAUGAACUUGUACAAUAAUUUUCGGCCAAAAUAAAAGUUUUAUUUAUCUUGUUUUAUAUUCUGAGCCAAAGAUAAUUGUAUAGUUUUUAAUUCUAAAAACGCAUAAUUAUAUGCGAAGUUCGUUUUCUUCGACAUUUCGUAAUUCUCCACUAUCUAUAGUAUAUGUUCAGUGAGUACUUCUUAGUAACUUUGUAAUCAUUAUUAGAUAUAUUUUCGAUUAGUUACCCUCCCACCCAUCCCUA